AUCUCCGCUUUUUCAGGUACUCAUGGUUUCCAUGGUUUCCAUGACUCUCGGCGGCGGUCAGUUUGGAUUUGGCAGCGGAUUCGGCAGCGGAUUUGGCGGUGGACUUGGUGGCGCCUUUGGCACUUCCUACGGCGCCACAUUCGCGCGGCAAGAACAGUAUUACCCACCGCAACCGUACAGCUUCGGCUACAACAACGUCGACCAGUACGGCACCAAGUCCUUCCACAAAGAACAGGGCGACGCCUCUAACACCAAGACGGGCAUGUACGGCUACUCGGACGCGAACGGCAUCUUCCGCCAGGUGAAGUACAUCGCUGAUGCUGGCGGAUUCCGCGCAAAGAUUGACACCAACGAGCCCGGAACCGCCCCUGGAGCAAGUGCCGACGCGGUCUACAAUGCGAACCCUCUCCCCGCUGGCCCCCAGUACCGAGUCAUUGGUGGAUCCUCACCCUUCUCUUCUCCCUACACGAGCGCCUCCACUUUUGGCUUCGGUUACGGCCGUCCUUGGUCAGGAUAGUCAAGUGCGUGACGUAGGGAAGCGUUUGUUAAAUAUUUGACCCGGCUUCUGACGGUACUCCCUUGUCGAAGGAACAGGCUAACCAGCCGUUGUCAGAAGCUGUGGCGUUUCAUGUGAACUCUACAGUUACGACUGUAUACAUGUAGGUUAAGGAAUCUUAACUGCGAAUAAAGUUCU